GUAGAUAAAUUGCUGAGGCGCGCGUGCGCACAUGUUCACUUCGCUAGGAAGUUGCAGGCGGAGAGGGAGGAGUUGUAGGUGAUUAUAGGGACUGAAGGAUGGAAGGCUGUUCUAUAGAGGAAGAAGAGGAUUGCCCUGAGUUGAUUCCAAUAAAUGACAGUGAAGGAGGAGACGUCCCAUCUAGCAAGACCUCUAAGAUUCCUGUUACUAUUAUCACAGGGUAUUUAGGUGCUGGGAAAACUACUCUUCUUAAUUAUAUUUUGACAGAACAACAUAACAAGAGAAUAGCAGUUAUUCUAAAUGAAUUUGGUCAAGGAAGUGCCUUGGAAAAAUCCUUGGCAGUAAGUCAAGGUGGAGAACUCUAUGAAGAAUGGCUGGAGCUCAGAAAUGGUUGUCUAUGCUGCUCUGUAAAGGACAACGGUUUGAAGGCUAUCGAGAAUUUGAUGCAGAAGAAAGGCAAGUUCGACUACAUCUUGCUAGAGACCACAGGACUGGCAGAUCCAGGUGCUGUUGCCUCCAUGUUUUGGGUUGAUGCUGAAUUAGGAAGUGACAUUUAUCUGGAUGGUAUUGUAUCUGUUGUUGAUGCAAAAUAUGGACUGCAGCACCUGAAAGAAGAAAAACCCAGUGGCCUUAUCAAUGAAGCAGCUAGACAGAUUGCGCUAGCGGAUCUUAUAAUCGUCAAUAAGACUGAUUUGGUUUCACAAGAAGCACUGAUGAAACUGAGAACUGCUGUCAGGUCAAUAAAUGGACUUACCAAAAUUUUAGAAACUCGGCGAUCAAGAGUUGAUAUCUCUGAUGUCUUAGAUCUGCAUGCUUUUGAUAGUGUGUCAGGAAAAAGUUUGCAGCAGAAGUUGCAGCUCGAGGAGGCACCACAACCACACUUAGAUAAGAGUAUUGUUACAUCCACUUUUGAAGUACUAGGAAGUGCAACUGAAGAAAACCUAAAUGUGUUUGUUCAAAAUCUGUUGUGGGAGAAAAAUGUCAAAGACAAGAGAGGUAACCCCAUGGAAGUCAUAAGACUCAAGGGGCUAGUGUCAAUUAAAGACAAACCUUAUCAGGUUAUAGUUCAAGGUGUUCACGAGCUCUAUGAUCUAGAGGAAACCGCUGUCAGAUGGAAAGAGGACGAUGAACGAACAAAUAGGUUGGUUUUAAUAGGCAGGAAUUUGGAUAAAGAGAUCCUUAAAGAUGCCUUUAUAGCAACUGUGACAAAGAGGAAGGAAAAUGGUUGAUAUCACCUUCCAAAGAGAAUCUGUUUUCAACGCUACAUUUUUUUAAUCAAAUGUUGUUGUUUUAAACUCUGGACUUGUUCUCUGCUUUCACGCAGCUGUUAAAUUUGGAUUUCUCAGCAGUCAGCACAUUUUAUUUCAUUUCAUUAAAUGCAGUUAGUAAACUGGU